AUGGUGAACUGGUUCUGAAACAGCUGGCUUGGUACUAGGAUUAAAAAUAAACAUAAUUGAUUUUCUGCCCGAAAGUAUACGUAAACGCGUAGGCGCUCCCACCUGGAAGUCCAACCGAUUGACCGACUUCCAAUUUUCACGGGCAGCCAUGGGUUCUGCCGACCAGAUUGUUGCAGAAAGGAUCCAAAAGGGAUUCCAGAUCAACUAUAUGAUACUGCGGGAAGCCGACAGUGGGAAGAUAAUCUGGCAGGAAAACAAGGACUUCUCAGCACCAGAUGUGGAGCACGAGGCUCGGGUGCCGGUGAAGAUACUGGACAUGCGGGCUGUUUCUCGUGAAAUCAACUUCAGUACCAUCGAGGCAAUGGAGAAUUUUCGUCUUGACCAAAAGGUGCUCUUCAAGGGUCGCAUCAUGGAGGAAUGGUUCUUCGAGAUGGGAUUUGUAGGCGCCAAUACAACCAACACCUGGCAGUCAACGAUCGAGGCGGCACCCGAAUCCCAGAUGAUGCCCGCCAAGGUCUUGAACGGCAAUGUGACGAUCCAAACCAGUUUCUACGACAACGAGACACUCAUUACCAAAUCGGUUGUGCGCCUGUACUACAUUUAGGCAUUUGUGAGUCAUCUGCCCCGUCAGCCAGGUGGUCUGACAUCCACUCACGCCUUCUUAUUCUGGAUCUUGUUCAAGAUGUUCUCCAUCCAUACAUACUUUUCUUCGGAGUAUUUCUGCAUUUUAUUGCAAUGUUUGCGUGUUUAUGAACUAGUUGUAGCCUAAUGCAUUUUAAGCUAAUUUUACAUUUAUCGCAUUAAUUUAUUAAUAAAAAAAUUAACAAUUGCAAAGCGCAUAAAUCAAGGAACGUGUCAUCUCCAACGCAACAAAAAUGCUUAUGUAUGUACAAAUCUUUCGUAGACUGUCAAAUAUGGACUAAAAAUAGCUUCAGAACAUAGUGUUAUUUGAGAUUUUUUGUAUCUGUAUAUCUUUCUGAACCGCUCGUAAUCAAUCCAUAAAAAUUUACUUAAAUCUGUUCAAGCUUUGUGAGAAAUAUUUUACCAUAUAUGCGAGUUCUACCCCAAUAUCGAUGAAAGUACUUAACUCUGUAAAAGUUGUAUUAGAUAUAGCCUAGCUGUACGCAAUUUUGCAAUCAAAUAUAAAAAGAUGUUAACAGAAAA